AUGACUGAAGCCAAACAAGAUUUAAUUGAAUUAUCAACAAAUCCUUUAGAUGUAUGGAUAAAUACACAUUAUGAUGAAUUGUGUGCAGGUAUGACGUGUGAAAAUGCUUUAUUCUGCAAACCAUCAGACAUGAAAGACAAGAAUUUCCAAAUGAGUAUUAAGGAUAAAUGUGAUAGGAAACAUAGAAGAAUAGACGGUAAACAAACAUGGUGUUAUGUUUUGAAAGAAGAAAUGAAAGGAUUAUAUAAACAGGUUGAACCAAACGAUAAUGAUGAUUCAUUUACUGACGAUGAAAUACCUGUAAAUGAAGCUUUAUAA